AUAAAGCGGACCAGAUAAAAAUCAAAGCCUUUCAAGAGACCUCUUGCAGGAUUCGCAGUCCUUCAGAGGGAGAGCAUCAGGUACCUGGACAAAGCCCUAAAGCUGCUGGGGUCAAAGAUGGGUUUUGCGGGGAUCCUUACGCUGUGCUUGGCGAUAUGCCUUCAAUGCCGCCGCCUCGGGGCUAUGCCAUGCCCGCUGCCAUCCUCUGCCAACAUUACUGAAUUCGUCUGUUCCUCGCCAUCUCUCAGUGACUUCCCUUCCGGCUUCCCCAAAGAGAUCCGCAUCAUCUCCGUGGAGUUCACCAACAUCUCAAUUAUCAGCGUAGACGCCUUCCGGGCCCUUCCGCACCUCCAGGAGCUCCACCUUUCCAACAACCAGCUCAAGACGCUGCCCAACAGCCUCUGGCGUGACCACCCCGAGCUGACCGCCUUGGACCUCACCAACAACCUCCUCAAAGACCUGCCGCUGGGGAUCUUCUGGAAGCUCCCCGCCUUGCAGCAGCUCUCCUUGAAGGGCAACCGCUUGGCGAUCCUCCGUCCUUCAUGGUUCCAAGCCCUGCGGCAGCUCAAGUUCCUCGACCUCUCCAACAAUCGCUUCAACGAGCUGCCCGAGGAAUGUUUUGUCCACCUCGAGCAGCUGACCAAUCUGGACCUUUCGUACAAUUUCCUCCGUGUGCUUUCGGCACCAGCGUUCAAGGGUCUGCCCCACCUCAACGGCUUGAACCUAGAGGUCAACCAACUGCAGUCGGUCGCAGGAGACACCUUCCAAAGCAUUCCCGAACUCCGGUUCCUCUUCCUGCAAAACAACAGUUUGGAGGCACUCCCCGCCAAAGUUUUUGCCCCACUGAAGAUGCUUGAGAUGCUGGAUCUGUCCCACAACCAACUCUCCACGCUGGAGCCUCCCUUUUCAAAACAGGUUGCUGAAUCCGGGCUGGACCUCUCUGGAAACCCAUGGGUCUGCGAUUGCCGCAUGGAGGCCUUGGCCAAAUGGGCCAAGAACAACUCCCUCAGCCUUUAUUCCAAGCAGGGUGUGACCUGUUUCUCUCCCCCAAACCUCAAAGGCCGGGCGGUAAUGUCACUUGGCGAGUCCGAAUUUGGCUCCUGCUGAAUUCUUGAAAUGGGUCCAUUCCUCACAAGCUUCCAAGCAUACCCUGCUCUGCUUUGUUCCCUUCCGUGAAACGGCAAGUGACACAUUUUCCAAAAGCUCUCCGUCCUCAUUGUUUUCCAAGAUAUGACUUUAUCUGCCCUCUUUGUUUGGGCCAGGACUGUCUCUUGCUUAUCGGCAUCCUCAAGAAGAACAUCUUUUGUGGCCGACCCUUCUGUGGCGGAGAUAUGAUGUGCUUCAUUGUUGAGCUAAAGUAUAAAAUAAGAUUCUGAUCCUUGUGGUAUUAAAUAAAAGCAUGAUUUCAAUCAU